AUGUUCACAAAGGUCCUUCUCAUUGCCGUCGCAGUGAUAGCAGUGGUUGCACAAGACGGUCACCACCACGAGCACCACCACCACGCCUCUUCCUCACAGAGCAUUAAGCAGUACCACGGGAAAGCAACUGAGAAACACGUCGAAUACUAUUCUCACCCUAAAUAUGAGUUCGCGUACAAAGUGGAGGACCCUCACACCGGUGACAAGAAGUACCAGCACGAGGCGCGCGACGGUGACGUCGUGAAGGGCGUGUACAGUCUGCACGAGCCCGACGGUACUGUCAGGAUCGUGGAGUACCACGCUGACAAGAAGACUGGAUUCAACGCCAACGUGAAGCGUGAGGGUCACGCCAAACACAUUGUUCCUGAACACCACCACCACCAGUGAAUCUUGAAACCCAAACCCUUAUUUGUAAACUGGACUUUAUUGUUAUUAUUAA